AUGCAGCAUCGUCAACUGAUCCAACUCCUCACACGCGCUGAAUCAGCAUGCCGUGCAUGGGACAAGGAGCAAUCUAUAUCAGCUUCAUUACUUUUAUCACUCUCCAACAUUACCGCACAACAAAGAGCUACUAUGGAACAGCGUUUCAACUUUGACGUCAAUACCAACCGCUUGGUGUACAAGCAGGCCUGUUCCUUUGAAGAUGUCUUUGAAAAGCUGACAGCGACAUUGGACGCGAUGGAUGAUAUUGUACAUGACCUAUACAUAUUGGAAAACGAAGCCACCAAGCAUUUGACGCGAGCCAUGCCCGAGAUGUUAUCCACAAAGACAAAACCAAUGGCACCUUCAACUGAAUCCUUAAUACAAACAGCUGCUGUGCGCCCUCAAGAAGUGUAUGAAUACAUUGCUGAUUUACAUUACACCUAUAAAAUGGAAUUGCAACACAAGCGAAUGUGGAUGGAUAUGUUACCAGAACGUGCCUCAAGACCUGAGCUGUUGGAUGAUUUACGAGAGCGAUGGCAAACACAGCCGCAUCUCAAACCAGAGUUGGCCAGCGAGAUCAGUGAUCGCAUCAAGCUUUAUAAACAAGUACAUAAGGUUUUGACAUCCACCGACUAG